AUGCAUGCAGCGGCGCGGGAGCGGGAGGUGACGCUUCUGGACUAUGGAGCUGGCAACGUGCGCAGCGUGCGCAACGCCAUCAAGAAGCUAGGGUGGACCAUCAAAGAUGUGGAGUGCGCUGCGGACAUUGCCAACGCCGACAAGCUCAUCUUCCCGGGGGUGGGAGCCUUUGGGCAGGCCAUGACGAUCCUGGAGCAGCGCGGGUACACCCAGGCGCUGAAGGACUACAUCCAGGCAGACCGCCCCUUCUUCGGCAUCUGCCUGGGCCUGCAGCUGCUGUUUGAGGGGAGCGAGGAGAACGGCGGGUGCCAGGGCAUGGGGCUCAUCCCGGGCGCAGUCACCCACUUUGAUGUGACCAAGGGGCUGCCCGUGCCGCACAUCGGCUGGAACGACCUGCUGCAGAAGCACCCCUCCACGCUGCUGAGCCAGGUGGGCGACCGCCGCGUCUACUUUGUGCACUCCUACCACGCCACCCCCACGCCACAGAACUCGGAGUGGGUGCUGGCCACCAGCGAGUAUGGCGGCGAGUUUGUGGCGGCGGUGCGGCGAGGCAACGUGUAUGCCACGCAGUUCCACCCCGAGAAGAGCGGCGCCGCGGGGCUGGACGUGCUGCGCGGCUUCCUGGAGCCAGAGGCGACGGCCGCGCUGCCCGCGCCCGCGGCAGACGGCAACGGCCGGCCGCGGGGCCUUGCCAAGCGCGUGAUUGCGUGCCUGGAUGUGCGUGCCAACGACAGCGGCGACCUGGUUGUGACAAAGGGGGACCAGUAUGAUGUGCGGGAGACGGGCAGCACGGGGGAGGUGCGCAACCUGGGCAUGCCUGUGGAGCUGGCGGGGCGCUACUUUGAUGAGGGGGCCGACGAGGUCACCUUCCUCAACAUCACAGGCUUCCGCGACUUCCCGCUGGGCGACCUGCCCAUGCUGGAGGUGCUGCGCCAGGCCAGCGAGGGCGUGUUUGUGCCGCUGACCGUCGGCGGCGGCAUCCGAGAGUUCACAGACUCGAGCGGCAAGCACUACAGCGCGCUGCAGGUGGCGGCAGAGUACUUCCGGUCUGGCGCGGACAAGGUGUCCAUUGGCAGCGACGCUGUGUAUGCUGUGGAGGCCUACCUGGCGGGCGGCGGCGCCAAGGACGGCAGCACCGCCAUCGAGCAGAUCUCGCGCGUGUAUGGCGCCCAGGCGGUGGUCAUCUCCAUUGACCCGCGCCGCGUGUAUGUGGCGGCGCCUGAAGACACGCCCCACCACACCGUCAAGACCAGCAAGCCGGGGCCCAAGGGCGAGCAGUACUGCUGGUGGCAGUGCACGGUCAAGGGUGGCCGCGAGGGGCGCGACGUGGACGCUGUGCAGCUGGCCAAGGCCGUGGAGGACCUGGGCGCGGGCGAGAUCCUGCUCAACUGCAUUGACAACGACGGCGUGGGCCAGGGCUUUGACAUCGAGCUGACGGAUGCGGUGUCGGCCGCGGUCACCAUCCCCGUGAUUGCCAGCAGCGGGGCGGGCGCGCCAGAGCACUUCUCCGAGGUGUUCCACAAGACGCGCGCGGCGGCGGCGCUGGCGGCAGGCAUCUUCCACCGCCGCGAGGUGCCCAUCUCGGCGGUCAAGGCGCACCUGAACAGCAGCGGCAUCCCGGCACGCACAGCGUAGCACAGCGCUGUCACAUUGCGCCUCUUGUGCUGUUGCCCUGCUCGGUUGCUAUCGCUCCCCACCAAUCUUCCUGCUGCUUGCUGUUCCAAACCGACAUUUGUUUUUUCCCUGACCGCUCUGCUCUGCUCUGCUCUGCUGUUUACCCACCCGUGACAUCGGCUGCCAUUGCUGCACAUGGUUGAGAAACACUCGUUCCUUUUACAGCCAUGGGCGGUUUGCAGUUCAACGUAUAAGAAACUGAUGUAACGACGCAGCAAAUAA